AUGAUAUCCAUUGCAGUGACACCGCUUUCCUAUUGUAUUUGUCUAAGUCGAGUCUUGUUGAUCACCACUGUCUUUAUCAUCAUUGCCUUCACUUCUUCUUUUGCAACUUCACCUUCCAAUAUAGGUAAAGAAGCAGAGGCUCUUUUGGAAUGGAAAGCAAGCCUUGACAACCAAAGGCAGUUUCAGUUGUCUUCAUGGGUUGGAAACAUCACUUGCCAGUGGGUUGGAAUUUCUUGCAACAACUUUAGCAGCAUCUCUCAUGUCAACCUCACAGGUGUUGGUUUAAAAGGUACACUCUACUCUUUCAGCUUCUCAACCUUACACAGCCUUAUAAGUCUUAAUCUCAGCUACAACUUACUCUACGGUACCAUUCCUUCCCAUUUGGGCAACAUUUCUGAGCUAAUCUACCUUGAUUUAUCUGCCAAUCAACUCUCUGGAAUAAUUCCACCUGAAUUAUGCCAACUAACAAGCCUUGUAAUACUAAAUCUCAAUGAAAAUGACAUCACUGGAUCCAUUCCUCAUCAAAUUGGAAAGCUACACUUGCUCAAUGAGCUAAAUUUGUUUAGUAACAGUCUCAUAGGUUCAAUCCUCCUUUCCGGUUCCAUUCCUCAUGAACUUGGAAAUCUAACAUCACUUAGGACACUCUCUUUGCACCGCAACAUCCUCACGGGCUCAAUACCCGUGUCAAUUGGAAGCUUGGGCAACUUAACCAUUUUAGCUCUUAGUGAAAACAAACUUUCUGGAUCUAUUUGUCAUGAAAUUGGGAUGCUUGCAUCUCUUACUUGGCUUAAUUUUUAUAACAACAAUCUCUCAGGUUCAAUUCCUACUUCGAUAGGAAAUUUAGGCAACUUGAAUGUUUUAUGCCUUGACAGUAACAAACUUUCUGGAUCCAUACCUCAAGAAAUUGGAAUGUUGGGAUCUCUUCUUGUAUUUUCCUUGACUGACAACAAUCUCUCUGGUCAAAUCCCUGCAUCUGUAGGAAACUUGACUAAGCUCACCAGAUUGAGGCUUCGCAUAAAUAAGUUAUAUGGCUAUAUCCCACAAGAAAUAGGAAAGCUCAAAUUUCUUACCAAUCUAUACCUGUCCAUGAAUGAUCUAAAUGGCUCAAUCCCUUAUGAAUUUAAUAAUCUUACAUAUCUCGAGCAUUUCGAACUGUCUUAA